AUGACAUCCUACAUGACUGGCAGCGAUGCCUACGCUCGCGAGAAUGCCACAUCAUAUGGCUCCAAUGCGGCUUCUUCGACCGCUUGGGCCGACAAAAUACCGUGGGCUCCGAAUUACAGACUCAUCUAUCUGCAGGCUACUAUUGAAGAUCUUGACCCUCCGCCGGCCCUGUCAGUCUCUCCCGAUGAUUCCAUCUCCUCCGCCCUCAUGACUGCCUACGAGCGCGACUACACCCACCUCACCGUCAUCUCCGCCACUAAGCGGUCCCUCCUCGGCUACUUGAGCAUUCCUCGUCUGAAGGAGCUCCUUCACAGUGGCGAGGUCAAAGAGACAGACACUGUCGCCUCGGCGAUGCAGCGCUUCAAUCGGAAGCGCGGCAUCUACCAGGUCAUCACAAUGGAGACGCCAUUGGAGGAGCUGGAACAAUUCUUCGAGAGCGAGACAGGUCCCAACGGCGACAAGCGCGAGAAGCAGCAAUUCGCAGUGGUCACGGACGUAACGCGGAAGUUCGUGCUCGGGGUUGCUACCAAGGCGGACCUGGAGGAGUUCGUGAAGCGCAGACCGACUUAA